AUGCUUCUUGUGCCUCCCUUGUACACUCCUCAUCUACUCAUGUCUAUUACCUGACCUCGACCUCCCCGAUGCGCCACUGUCUUCUGCUUCCGCACACUUCCGUCUGCGACGUCUGGCUGCGUGAAUGGCGCGCUCACACAUCGCCGUCGCCUUGGGCGCCGCCCUCAUUGCCUCGCUGAUUAUCGGGCAGCUUGUCAUAAACCUAGGAUUCCCCUCGGUCGACUUCUGGCACUGGAGGCUGGAUCAGACCUAUGGUGGAGUUCAGCAGACACACUUUCUGGGGGAGAAGCAGAGUGGCGAGCUGGUAGACGACCCGUCGUCGUACCUUAUUGGCGUAGGCAAGGCGGACAUCACUGGACCCGUGGUAGAGCUCAAUCUCAUGGGCUAUGCGAACUCGUCCCAAGUCGGUACCGGUCUACGUCAACGUCUCUACUCCCGCGCCUUCAUUGUGGGCAACCCGAGCGACACCAGCGAGCGCUUCGUAUACAUGGUCUUGGACACCCAAUCUGGGGAUACUGCGAUUCGCAAUGGCAUUCUGGAGGGGCUUAAGGAGCUGGGACCCGAGUACUCCGUAUACACCAAGAAGAACGUAGCCGUAACCGGCACACACAGUCAUGCUGGACCUGGAGCUUGGUUAAACUAUUUGCUCCCACAGAUCACGAGCUUAGGGUUUGACAAGCAAAGCUACCGUGCCAUUGUGCAAGGAGCUCUUCUGUCGAUCCAGAGGGCGCACCAGGGUCUAGCGCUGGGAACCAUCAGUGCUGGAAGCACCAAGAUUGCCGACGCGAAUAUCAACCGGAGUCUGUUUGCAUAUUUGGCAAACCCGAAGGCAGAACGAGAUCGCUACACAGACGAUGUGGACAAGACGAUGACGCUGCUGAAGUUUACGAGAGCUAGCGACGGCAAGAGCAUUGGCAUCUUGAACUGGUUCGCCGUCCACGGUACCAGUCUGCUUGGAAAUCAGACGCUCGUUGCUGGAGACAACAAGGGUGUGGCUGCAUACCUACUUGAAGAACACAUUGCGGCGAAUGCAGGAGCAGCGAACGCCGCUGAGGGUUUCGUCGCAGGUUUCUCACAGGCCAACGUCGGCGACACAACGCCCAAUGUCCUUGGUGCCUAUUGUGAAGAUGGGACGAACCAGCAGUGUAGGCUCAACGAUAGCACUUGUGGAGGCAAGAGUCAGAAUUGCCACGGCCGUGGCCCAUACUAUGGUCUAAACGACGGGGGCGCCAAGUCAUGCUACGAGAUUGGAAAUCGUCAGUUCCUAGGAGCGAAGAGCAUCUACGAGUCUACUGCCUUCACAUCAAUUUCCGGCAAAGUGCGCUCAUUUCAUACCUUUGUUGACUUCUCCAACUUUACAUUCACGCUCAGCAACGGUUCCGUUGUCCACACGUGUCCUGCGGCCAUGGGUAACUCCUUUGCAGCAGGCACAUCUGACGGACCGGGCGCCUUCGACUUUGUCCAGAACGACCCUGGAGCUCCCGAAAACCCCUUUUGGAAUGUGGUCGGCGGCCUCAUUGCCCCUCCAAGCGAAAAGCAGAAGAAGUGCCAGUACCCCAAGCCUGUUUUGCUCAAUGUAGGAGAGGCGAAUACACCAUACCCGUGGUCCCCGAACAUUGUAGACAUUCAGGUCCUUCGUGUUGGCCAAUUCGUCAUCAUUGUAUCUCCCGGCGAGGCGACGACCAUGUCCGGCCGUCGCUGGCGCGAAGCAGUCUACAACUCGGUCAAAGCCUCGAAUAUUGCUUCUUCACCCAUUGUUGUCUUGGGUGGGCCCGCAAAUAGCUACACGCAUUACAUUGCCACGGAAGAAGAAUACAGCAUCCAGCGGUACGAGGGUGCAUCGACGCUUUAUGGUCCACACACACUCAACGCGUACAUCAACUCCACUUUGACGUAUUUGCCCUACCUAGCUGAUGGUGCGACCGGCUCCCCACCAGCUGGCCCUAGCCCGCCAGAUAACCGUGAGAAGAGCAUAUCGCUCAUUACAGGCGUUGUAUACGAUGGCGCCGGCCUCGGUCGCUCUUUUGGGCAGGUUACAAAGGAUGUCUCACCCUCGUAUGCCCGCGGUGCUCUUGUCACCGCUACCUUUGUCGGUGCGAAUCCGCGCAAUAAUCUCCGUCUCGAAGGGACGUUUGCCGCUGUAGAGACACAGCAGAGCGAUGGAUCGUGGAAACAAGUCAAGAACGACGAGGACUGGGAGCUCGUCUAUCAGUGGAAGAGGGCCAAUGGAUUGACGGGGACGAGUGAUGUAACGAUCACGUGGGACACGGGUGUCACUUCCCCCGGAGCGGGGUCGUAUAGGUUUAAAUACUAUGGGGAUAGUAAGGCGGUUGGGAAGCCUAUUAGUGCGUUUGAAGGGACGAGUGGUGUGUUUAAGCUUACUUAGUGUGUGUGUGUGUGUCUGUGUGGGUGCUGUUGAGACUAGUUCGGUGUAUAGUGUUUAGCUUUCGCGAAUGAGAUUUAACGGUACUACGUCUUCUCUCAAGUGUAACACUGGAGUGAUGGUACCGUGGACGAGACACGAACAUAUAAACUUGUACACCACUUAUU